GAAGCUGGUGAAAGUCCACACUGGGAUUACUACCUCCAUCCGGUUAGCAUGGGAAACGGCUCACACAAUGAAGUUCAUCGACGUUCCAGCGCUCUCGAGAUUGGCGCAGGCCCUCGGUCACGACGGACCGGAAUGCUCAGUCCACACGCGUAUCGAAGCUUACUCAUGUAAGAACAUCAAGCGAGACAAGAAGCUAUUCAAGUCGCUGGAACACGCAUACAAGGACGAAAUUGCACAUUCUCCAUCAUGGCUGCCUCCCGACUCGCAGGAAAUGACACCGUUCGGUCCGCUUGCAGACGAGAGUGCCCGCAAGACCAUGUACCUCCUCAUCUCUACCCUCAAUAUCGCAUUUCCCGACUAUGACUUCUCCGACGUCCGACCGAACCAAUUCGUGAAAGAGAAGAGUGGCGCGAGCGUUUUGAACGCUCUGAGCACAACCCUUGCGCUGCCGCACAGAGGAGGCUCGAGCAACGCCCCACGCACGUUUUCGUCCUACCCGCCUUCUUACCCUGAUAUCUUCCCCUCUUCCGAGCCCACAUCGUCCUCCCCACUAAGCUCUCUCCUCCGCAGUCCCCUUGCACCCCCUCCUGUGGUAUCGGGAACCCAUCCCACGCUUUACCGGCUUCUCGACGACGUCAUCGGCGUCGCCGACUGCGAGGUCUAUUCCUAUGUGCCCGACUUGGCAUCCGAUCCCCACGCUGAUGUAGACGGAGACGAAGACGACGGAACAAGCGACGAGUCGGACUCCACGGAUGACGGAGAGCUGUUUGAGUUUGACAAUUACGAUAUCGACGAGGCAUUGUCGCGGUCCCCGCCGUCCCCAUCGACAUCGCCGCCGUCUCCGGAUGCGGCCUGGCCGCCUAGUUCCAGACGCAAGCACGGCGCGCUGUUGUGGUCGUCGCAUUGGUUUUUCUUGAACCGGAAGCUGAAGCGCAUUCUGUUCAUGUCGAUAUGGGCCCGCAGUCAGAUACUCGGUCGGGGCUGGAUUGACGAUUCGGUUGACUAUCUUGAUCUGCAGGCCAAAACGACAGAGCGAUUCCACGGUUGGGAGGGUGGUGCCGGUGCCGGUGCCCGGGCUCUUGGACUGGACGUCUUUUGAGAUGGAGUGCACUGCCGCUUUAACACACAUAUCUACCCUCUCCUCCUGUCCCUUUGUGACUCUCCUCCCACACUCUUCACACGCCUCCAGUCUCUUUUGGUUCGGACAUUGAUUCCCAGUGCUGGCGUCGGACUUGUAACAUGCCACUGACUCUUCGUCAGAGCUGUACUUUUGUUGUAUCAUUCUUCGGCGCGUAACAUAAUAAUCAACCUCGCGCGUUGAACCAUAGUUCUUGCGGCUGCGAUAUUCUGUAGUUUCUCAUAGGAGCUAGUUUUUUCAAUAACCACCUGUAAACAUCAACAAGGCGGAGGACAUACCAUAGA